GACGGAAGCACGAAGCGCUGAAUUGCAAAGCCCUUUCUUUCUCUCUCUCUCCACCCCCACACCCCCCCGAGCCCGGUGCCUGCUGGGAGAUGUAGUUCCCCUCUCCGUCCGCCGAGCAGGGCAAUCCGGCGGCGCGCACGGCCAGCAGGCGGAACCAGCCCGUUUUGCAAAACCGCCUCUCUCCUUCUCCCUUUUUUUUGGGGGGGGGGGCGGUGGUCUUUGCAAGCGGGAUCGCGGGGUGGGGGUGCAAGCUUUCUCCCGAGGAGCCGGCCCCGAUCCUUCCGCGCGGGACCCCCUUGGGGCGUAGGGCCCGGGUGCGCGCACCUUCCCUUUCUGCAGACGCGCGCCCGGCGGGGUCUUCCUUCCCACGCCCCGCGCACCCACAGUUUUUUGGAGGGGUGUUUGUGUGCGCGCGCGCGCCCUUCCCUCUUCUCGCGCAGCCCAGGAUCGGGCGCAGGAGGUGGGCGCGCUGCGGAGCCUGCCGCUCCCCCGAGGAUCCGGGCCCACGGAUGGCCGUCGGGGCUGCCGCGCAGGUAAGGCGGAGGCGGAGGAGUUCAGCUGCUUUGAUGUGGCCGAGAGGCAAUUAGUCCUCAUUUGCAUGCCUUCCGGGCCCCAAAUGCCACCCAGGGAGGAGGAAAAUCAGCCCUCGGGGGGCAGAUCUUCGGGAGGGGCGCCCGGGGGUCCCCGGAGCCGGGCAUCCCGGCUGCGCGUUGGCAAAGGGGCGCAGGGGUCGUCCGCAGAGGAGAAGUGUCAAAAUAACCCCCUCCCUUUUUGGUUCAAAGUGCACAUGGCUAAGGCCACGAUCCUGCACCAGUCGCCUUGCAAUGAAUCCUAGAAUGGUAGCCCUGGAAGGGGCCCCGAGGGUCAUCCAUUCCAGCCCCCUGCAAUGCAGAAUCUUCUGCUCAAUGCAGGACUUGAACCCGCCACCCCGAGAUGAAGAGUCUCCCGCACUACCAAUGGGGAGGUUUGCACGAACUUCUGCAGAGGGGCAGGAGGAGACCCACAGGGGUCACUCAGCCCAGCCCGCCUGGCAAGGCAGGAUUCGCACCUGAAUCAUAGAAAUGUAGAGUAGGAAAAAUCGCAGGUCGCCGAGCCCAGGAGACACAGAUUUGAGGCAAUCCGUAGUUGAGAAUUUCCAUUUGGGACCACCGAGUUUUGGCCUCGCUCAGGGCACCAUAUGAGCAAAGUCCGCCCCUGUUGAAAGGGACCCCUUGUGUCAUCUAGUCCAUCCCCCUGGAAUCUUGGCUAAAGCAUCCCUGACGGAUCCAACCUCUGCUUCAAAACCUACAAGGAAGGGGAGUCCACAGCCUCCCAAAGGAGACCUUUCCACUUUGCCCUCAGAAAGUUCUUCCUGGAGCCAGAAUCUCCUUUAAGUUGAAUCUGUUUCCAGUGGGGCAGGGGAAAAGAAGCUCAAAGAAGCUUUAGAAGUAAAAACUGCCACUUAUUUUCUCAGCGGUGAGCUGCAGGAAGCUCUGGGUUUUCCCUGCCCUCUGAAACCCUUCGUUCUAACCUUCAUGCGUCACGGGUGCAACGACUCGUUAGUUUGGGGCCAUGAAUAAUAUUUUAUGUAGCAGUCUAGGCGCUUAAAUGGAAAGGGAAUAUUGAUUCGAAGGCACUUUUUAAAGCAGGGUUUUUUAUACAAGCGUAGCAUAAAUCAGUUGUUUGCCCCGCGCUCGAGGGUGCUUAAUUAUAUGUCUCUCUCCAGCCUGUCAUUAUGAAUAUUGCUGUUUUGCUCAAGGGAUAUUUCAGGUGGGGAGUUGGAAGCCAACCGCUGUUCAGGUGUCCUGGGCGAUAAUAACCUUGGCAUUUACUUAACCGCGGUGCUUUAACUCAUGUGGCGUCUUCUCAUCACGAGGCUCCAGCUCAACCGAACAGCCGCUUGCAGUUUAUAAAGCGAGAUUCAGCAGAAGUUGGGCAUUGAGCCCCAUUCCCUUUGGGAAAACAUGACAGGGACAGAACCCAGGAAGCUCGUUUCACAGCCUUUUUGUACCUUUGAGGAUCUAAGCCAUGGGUAGGCAAACUGAGGCCCAGGGGCCGGAUCUGGCCCAUUCGCCUUCUAAAUCUGGCCCGCGGACGGUCCGGAAAUCAGCGUGUUUCUACACAAGUAGAGUGUGCCCUUUUAUUUAAAAUGCAUCUCUGGGUUAUUUGUGGGGCAUAGGAAUUGGUUCCUUAUUUUUUUUCAAAAUAUUUUCCAGCCCCCCACAAGGCCUGAGGGACGGUGGACCGGCCCCCUGCUUAAAAAGUUUGCUGACUCCUGAUCUGAGCUUUAACUUUCUGUAAAGGUUUUAUUUUAAUAGUUCCUAUGGGUAAAGAGAUGGGUAGGCAACCUAAGGCCCGGGGGCCAGAUCCAGCCCAAUCACUUUCUCAAUCCGGCCCGCGGACGGUCUGGGAAUCAGCGUGUUUUUACAUGAGCAGAAUGUGUGCUUUUAUUUAAAAUGCAUCUCUGGGUUAUUUGUGGGGCAUAGGAAUUCGUUCAUCCCCCCCCCCAAAAAAAUACAGUCUGGCCCCCCACAAGGUCUGAGGGACAGAGGACCGGCCCCCUGCUGAAAAAGCUUGCUGACUCCUGCUCUUACCAUUACCCCCUGGCUUUUUUGUGAAAGCUGCCUGGACUCCCUGCCUGGGGAUAUGGUGGGAUAUGCAAAAAUACUGCAAAACACAUACAAAAACACUCGGAUUUGUUUUAAGUUUUUCAUCUAUGCUAAAACUCAGUCUAAGUUUGUUUUUUUUUUAAAAAAAGUUUAACCACAUCAGUUAACAAACAUGGAUACAUAUGCUAUAAUGUUAUUGUUUUUAAGGAAAUGAUUAUUUCUCUCCUUCCAAUAAAGUACAGCAGAAACGUUGUCCACAUAUAAACAGUUAACUUAUUAAACCUCUCAAUAAUUUCAUAAUUAUCUGUCUAUGUAUUUCUAAUAGUACUGUAUAACCAAAUCAAUAAUUUUUGAUAUAACUGUAAAAACUACUCUGGAAAUUUAUUGUUCCAAAAAUGAAACCUUCCUCUGGUUAUAAAUAUUAAUAUUAUCCCAGCAAGAAUGAGUCUUUCUGUAAAAAAAGAAAAGAAAAAGACACGUGCAGACUCUCAGAUGCGGGUUGCGUUCACUUCUGGAUGCGAACGGGGCUCCGGAACAGAUCCCGUUCGUAUCCAGAGGUACCACUGUAAUAAUAUUUUAUUUAUUUAUACCCCGCCCUUCCCGGUUCAGAAAACCGGGCUCAGGGCGGCUAACAACAAAUUUAAAACACUUAAUUGAGGCAACGAAAAAUAGCAUAAAACGCAGUAUAAAACGUGAAUAACAAUAAAUUCAGAAUUCAAAAAUCAAUUUAGGGGGGAAAUCCAUCCAAUAAACAUUAGAUGAUCACCAGGGCUAGCUGGCUACGUUAGUCCUAUUUGGGCCAGCGAGGAGACCAGGGGAGAAUUAGCUGUGGGAUCCCAGAGCGGGUAAUCUUCAUAAAACGGGGAGGGGGGGGAUGGAAGGGGAAUAAAAGAUCAGGCUAAGUUCAAAUUGAAAGCCAGGCAGAAUAGCUCUGUCUUACAGGCCCAACGGAAGGAAGUUCAAUCCUGCAAGGCCCUAGUCUCCUGGGACAGAGCAUUCCACUAGGUCGGAGCCACCACUGAGAAGGCCAUGAUUCCUGACUUGCCCCGUUUUCCUUGCAGGUGCCAGUGCGGUGUGAGGACGCGGCCCUGUAUCUCGCCCCCGAGCGCUGGAAGGAGUGGGCAGCGCAUGAGGACGCCAUGCGGGAGAAUUACGGCGCCACCAUCGCUUUGGGUAAAGAAGGACGCUUUUUUCACCCUCCUCCUCCCUGCCCACAACCUGAUCUCCUGUGGAAUGAAUGUGUGGAGCUUUUUUCUAGACCUGAUAUGGGGAAAUAGAAGCCUGGAGGGUGGGGGGCAAAUACAGUCUUCAGGGGCAGCCCCACAUACAGCACAUUGCAGCAGUCUAAUAUGAGCAUGGGGUGCAUUGGCCAAGUCAUCUCUUCUUGCGCCUGUUAUAUUAUCUUUAUAUUAAUUUAUUUAGAAUCCAAAAUUUCCCCAGAACCUGAUUGGGUUUCUUCAUUGUGCAGACACAGGUGUUCUAGGCAUUUAUGUAUUUAUUUGGGACAUUUGUAUACAGUGGUCCCUUGGUUCUCAAACACCUUGGAACUCAAACACCUUGGAAUCCAAACACUUCAAACCCGGAAGCAAGAUUUCCGGUUUGCAAACUUUUUUCGGAAGCCGAAAGUGCUCCAUUUUGGAUGUUACACUGAGGUCUGUCUGUUUUUCCUAUUUAUUUUGCGUUUUUGUAGCUCUUUUCGUUUUGUUUUUCUGACUGUGUGGAACCCAGUUCAGCUACUGAAUGAUGGAUUGCGUGACUGCAGUACAUUGUUUAUUGCUUUCAAUUUAUGGAUCAAUGGUCUCGUUAGAUAGCAAAAAUGUGGGAUUGCUGUUUUGGGGAUUGUUUUUAAAAGUCUGGAACAGAUUAAUCCCUUUUGCAUGCCUUUCUAUGGGAAAGCGUGCCUUGGCUUUGGAACGCUUUGGUUUUGGAAUGGACCACCAGAACAGAUUAAGUUUGAGAACCAAGGUAUCGCUGCAGUUUAGUGAAUUCAACAAGGCAUUUUGAGGAGAACCAAAGCCAUUCACUCUGACCAGAGAUACUACUGAAUCUGCUCCGUUGGUCCUUACCAAAGAGUCAGAAGACAGGAUAAUCUACGCUUUCUGUCUUGCAGGAUCGCCAGUCACCAAGCCCGAGAUGGUUGCCCAGAUUGAGGAAGGCGGCCCGCUGCUCCUCAAUGGCCAGGGGGAUGUCCAGCCCAGAGAGCGGUCGGAUGCUGCCAACACAGGUUAGAGAAGCCGGCAAACCCAUAUUGGCAGAAGUGCGUUGCUGAGUCAAGCGCCCUCUUAUAGUGGCCAGUGGGAUGUUGGCCAUCUAAGUUGGCGGCCCUCACUAUCUCCUGUGGCAGGGAGUUCCUCAGUCUAACCCAGGGGUAGGCAACCUAAGGCCCGUGGGCCGGAUCCGGCCCAUUCGCCUUCUCAAUCCAGUCUGCGGACGGUCUGGGAAUCAGCAUGUUUUUACAUGAGUAGAAUGUGUGCUUUUAUUUAAAAUGCAUCUCUGGGUUAUUUGUGGGGCAUAGGAAUUCAUUCAUUCCCCCCCCCCCAAAUAGAUAGAUAGAUAGAUAGAUAGAUAGAUAGAUAGAUAGAUAGAUAGAUAGUCUGCCCCCCCCAAGGUCUGAGGGACAGUGGACUGGCUCACGGCUGAAAAAGGUUGCUGACCCCUGCUCUAACCCUGCACUGUGGAAAGAACUUUCUUUUAUCUGUCCCUCAUACAUAAGGCACCAUCUAAAUAUUCUUUGGACCUCCCCUCUAUACACUGAUUCGUCUCCACUUGUUAUUAAACUCAUUAUGGUGGUGUCAUCUGCAAACUUAAUUGCAGUAGAUGAGUCAGAUGAUACACAAUCAUAUGUAUACAAUGAAUACAGGUAGGGACUUAGCACACAUCCCUGUGGUGUGCCAGUGCGGAUUUUUAAGGAAUUAGAUGUUACAUGUCCAAUCCUCACUGUUUUUGUCCGAUCUAUCAGAAAUAUCAGGGAUGAUUCACUCCCUGGCCGGCACUUUCUUGAUCUGCCCUCGGGCAAAAGAUAUAGAAGCAUGAUUAGUCGCACCAACAGGGUAAAGAACAGCUUCUAUCCGUUAGGCUGCUGAAUGAAAAGAGAACAACAGGACAACUGACUUUCGGGUUUGGUGGGUAAAGGAGGGGAAUUAAGGCAAAGAGCUGAGUGAGGGGUGCUCAAGUAAUCUCACUCUAUGCAAGUUGUACAAGUGACAACAAAGUAUUUCAACUCAUUCAGUUUCAUCGCAUCCCCGCAAGUUCUAGCGUUACGAGAGAGGGAGAAAAAGCUUUCCUCUCUCCGCUUCCUCCAGUCUGUGAAUAAUUUCGCAAACUCCCCUCAUGUUGCCUCUUCCUCGAAUUUUCUCCAAACUUAAACGCCCCAAACGCUGCAGCCUUUUUCAUAGGGGAAUCGCUCCGUCCCCAGAAUAAUUUCAGUUGCCCUUUUCCACCUUCAGGGUUUCCAAGGCCCCUGAGCCAUUUAUUUACCUCCGUGUCCUGACCAAAGUGUGGCUUUUAUUCUGUUUUUCUCUCCCCUCUGCAGGAUGCGUCUCUCUGGAGACUGAGGCUGUCAGGAAGAGCGAAGAGCAGCGAAGGGCCGGGGAGGAGCAGAGGAUGAGAGGAGAAGCCCCCAGAGGCCCUGAGAGAGGUGAGGACUGUAAUUUAUUCUUAUUUAUUGCAAUGCGAUGUGGGGCUUCCCUCACCCUUGAUCCAGAAGCGGCAGUCAGUGCAGGAUGCUGAAGCACAAUUGCUGGCCUUGUUGGCGUAUGAGGUCUGGGCUCAGAGACCGGCACCGGCUGCCAAUUUGCUAUGGGGCCGAGUUCAAGGUGGUGCUAUUAGUAUACAAAGCCCUUAACAACUUGGGACCAGUUUAGCUUCAAGAUAGCCUUACCCAAUAAAUGCCCGCUCACAACUGGCACUCCUAACAGGUGCUACAAUAUCCUAUAUUGGGAAGCUUUUAAUGUUUGAUGUUUUAUUAAGCUUCUAUGUUUGUUGGAAGGGACACGGGUGGCGUUGUGGGUUAAACCACAGAGCCUAGGACUUGCCGAUCAGAAGGUCGGCGGUUUGAAUCCCUGGACCAAGGUGAGCUCCCGUUGCUCGGUCCCUGCUCCUGCCCACCUAGCAGUUCGAAAGCACGUCAAAGUGCAAGUAGAUAAAUAGGUACCGCUCUAGUGGGAAGGUAAACGACAUUUCUGUGCACUGCUCUGGUUUGCCAGAAGCGGCUUAGUCUUGCUGGCCACAGGACCUGGAAGCUGUAUCCUGGCUCCCUCAGCCAAUAAAGUGAGAUGAGCGCUGCAACCCCAGAGUUGUCCGUGACUGGACCUAAUGGUCAGGGGUCCCUUUACCUUUCUAUGUUUGUUGGAGCUGCCCAGAGUGGCUGGGCCAACCCAGUCAGAUGGGUGGGGUACAAAUAAUAAAAUUAGUAGUAGUAGUAGUAGUAGUAGUAGUAGUAGUAGUAAUAGUAAUCCCUGUGCCUCCUGAGGGAGGGAUUAAUUCUGCCUUUCAACAUUUAUCUUUAUUGCAUGUUCACAAGUUCUAGUGUAAUGGAAGAAGGAGAGAAACUCCAUCCCUCGCUUCAUUUUAUAAACUCACUUUAAAAAAUAAAAUAAAAUCCUCCAAAAUAUAGCAACCUCAUGCGGAUAAAUAAUGAAAUAUCCCAGUCUAACCCAGGGGAUAGAGCUUAGUCAAUGCAUGAAGAAUAACAACCAAAUAAUGUAAGUUCUUAUCCCAGAAUACUAUUUGUGUAGAAGGCGAUCAACAGUUUAAGUUAACCAAAAAGGUUAUAAAGUGUGAGGGGUCCUCUAUUUUCAUUUUUAGCCAUAUACAGUGGACCCUCCGGUUACAUAUUACUCAGGAUACGUAACUUUCAGCAUGGCAAGCCCAGAACUGUAUUCCUCUGGGUUUCGCUGCGCUCGCAUGCGCAAAAGUGCUCUGCGCUGUGCGUGCAUGCGCAGAAACACUGCCUCUGGUUACAAAUUUUUCGGGGUGCGCACGGACCCCCAGAACUAAUUAAAUCCAUAACCGGAGGGUCCACUGUACUGUAUUAUUUCAUAAAUUUCUAUCAGGUCACCUAAAAAACCCCAAAUGCUGCCACCUUUAUGGCAUUGUUCCAUCCCCUUUAACCUUUUCCGACUCCUCGAUACCCUUUUUGAGGCGAGGCCACCAGAACGGCACACCUUAUUUCACCAUAGAUCUGAACGAUGGGAUUGUGAACGCAGCAUCCGGUCGCCCUGGGAAUCGGUCCCCUAACGCCUCUCUCUUUGUGCCCUUGAUCCCGGCAGGCGGGUGGCUGCUCCGCGCAGUGAAGGUGGAAGCGGAGGAAGAGUACUCGGAGUGGCCGGCGGGCCUGAGCGCAGAGGUCCUGCUCUCGGGACUGCCCGUCGCAGCGGGAGUCUGCAAGUCUGAGGGCCUGAACCCCGCGGAGGAGUACAGCAACGCCAACGGAGGAGGAGGAGGAGGCCUGGGCGAGCUGUCGGGCUUGGCGCUGCAGCAGUGGCAGAUGCUGAGUGAGGAGAAGCCGCUAGGCUGCCCCCGUUGCGAAAAUCCGGGACCCCCGCCGGCGGCCGGCCCUGGGGACCCCCGCCCUCGCCCCUUCACCUGCCCGCAGUGCGGGAAGGCCUUUGGCAAGAAGGCCCACCUGACGCGCCACGCGCGGGUGCACACCGGCGAGCGCCCCUUCGCCUGCGCCCACUGCGGGCGCCGCUUCUCGCAGAAGAUCCACCUGGGCUCGCACGAGCGGGUGCACACCGGCGAGCGCCCCUUCCCCUGCGACCGCUGCGCCAAGAGCUUCCGCAAGAAGACGCACCUGGUGCGCCACCAGCUCACCCACACCGGUGAGCGGCCCCAUGCCUGCCCGCUCUGCGACCGCACCUUCGUGCACCGCAGGCACCUGCUGCGCCACCAGCGCCUCCACGAAGAGGGGGCCCCGCCGGCGCAUGGGGAGCUUCCAGAGGCGGGUCAAGCAGCGGCAGGGGUCUACAGGGGUGGCGCCGAACCUGGGCAGGAUGUGGGCAUCUGCGGUGGUGAGCACGGUGGAAUGGGGCAGGUCGCAACCGUCGCAACCGGGCAAGUAGCUGAUGUCUGCGCAGAGCAGGGCAGACUUGGGCUGGCGACCGUUUCGUACAGCAACGAGGUCGGACUGGGGCAGUAUUCUGCCUCCUGCGUGGGGCACGCGGAGCCGUAUCCGAGUGCAGUCCUGUUUAAGGCUCAGGCGGAUCCCAAGUUGGGGAGAGUCCCUGGCAUGGAGCACCCCGGGCAGAGGGACGGUGGCAUGGCGGCUCCCGGAAUGGUCUACCCCGAGCAAGGCCACUUCGGUGGGCUCUGCAGGGCACAGGGGGAGGCAGAGGGUGGAGCCCCCUGCAUGGAGCAAGUUGGCAAGAUCGAACCGCAAGAGGAGGAGGAAGAAGAGGAACCAAACCCUUGCCAACGCCCGGAAGAAAAGCCUUUCCUGUGCUCCGACUGUGGAAAGGCGUUUGCCUGGAGGAAGAACCUGGCAUCGCACCAGCGGCUCCAUGCCGAGGGCGGCCGCCCGUUCUCCUGCGCAGAGUGCGGGAGGGGCUUCAGCGACAAGCGCCACCUGACGGCGCACCUCCGCGGGCACAUGGGCCUGCUGCCCUACGCCUGCCCGCACUGCGAGAGGAGCUUCGCGCACCGGGCCGGGCUGGCGGCACACCAGUGUGGCGGGCACGCCGGGCAGCGCCCUUUCUCCUGCAGCGAGUGCGGGCGCUGCUUCGCCCACAAGAGGCACCUGCAGAGGCACCGGCGCAACCAGCACUCGGCCGAGCGCCCGUUCUCCUGCGCUCAGUGCGGGCGCGCCUUCGGCACCCGGGCCAGCCUGCUGGCGCACGUCAAGUCCCAUGCCGGGCAGCGUCCCUUCGCCUGCCCGCUGUGCGGGCGCGCGUUCAGCCGCAAGUCGCACCUGGCGCGCCACGAGGCGGUGCACACGGGCCUGCGCCCCCAUGCCUGCGCCCAGUGCCCGCGGCGCUUCAGCUCCAAGACCAACCUGGUGCGCCACCAGGCCGUCCACACCGGCCUGCGCCCCUACAUCUGCACCCACUGCGCCCGCAGCUUCAGCCGCAAGACCCACCUCUUGCGCCACGAGCGCACGCACACCAGUGCGCCCCUGCCCAGCAGCGCCACCGUGUGGCCGGCUGCCUUGCCCCAGGGCUCCCUCCUGCAGCAGCAGCAGCAGCAGCAGCAGCAAGAUCAGCCCCUCGUUUUCCCCAUGGCUUUUGGGGCCCCCUGGCAAUGACCCCAAAGCCACGUAACUCUGCUGCAGGAAAGUGUGUACUCUGUGCUAUAAAGAAUCAAAACAAGCCCUGCAGAAAUAAAUUGUACACCAAUGUCUGCAGCCUAAAUAUACUGCAAAGUAAUCAUAUUUUUCAUAAUUCAGAAAGUUACGCUCCCCCCACAGGCUAAGACAAUAAAGUUUUCAUAAUUUAUUUUAUUCUUGCUAGUCACUCAUAUAGGCAAUAAACUCCCUGAGACAUUGAAAGCCUUGCUUCACAGCUGUUGGGAUAUAUUCUCAGUGGCUUCUGAGGGUUCUCCAUGCUCUCUCUGCGACAUCCAAGCCUAACUCCACCUCCAUAAGGGCUAGAAGCUUGGGCUUUUUUGUGUGUGGGGGGGGAAUGAAUGAGAUCUGGGAGAAGCUCAAUGGCGCACUUUUUGCAGGGAUUCUUUGAACACACACCCCAGAUACACAAACCUGGCCACUGGCUCAGAGGGGGCGAAACAUCUCAGUAUCCAGACAUUUUCAGCUUUAAAUAAUAAUGGAAACUUUUUUAAAAAAAUAUUGCCAACAAAUCAUUUUAGUAGCAUCCUCAAGCGAAUGUACAUUACGUUUUGUAAAGCCUUCUUUGAUGGAAACAGAAGGGGGGAAAGUUAUGUCAUUUCUGACUUUAGCCCUGAUGCUUUCAGAAAUAAAUGAUCCUUCAUAAUA